AGUUGCGCUAUGUGACAAACCAAAUGGAGGUCCGGAAAUGCCUUGGGUUUCUCGGGGAUGGUCGGCAUCAUACAAGGCAUUCUCCUUGUGAAAGGAACAUGAGCAGACAACCUUUGUAUUCCUGAACGCUUGUCGAUAUUACAUCGAGGAAAUAUAUGCAUACCUUCUAGGAGCUAGCUGAGUCACAGUGGAAUGGUACCGACUCCAACCUACAGCGCAGGUCAAGACGUGGAAAUCAGCCUUGACAGUGGAACGAUCCGGCAAUGGCACCGCAACUCACGAAAUGGCACUUCAACAUUGAUUCCUAUUUGAAUCCAUGGAUCCCGAGGAAUCCUAGUCACCGACUGCCAUAUCUGCUGGGACGCUUUCUUGGCCAUCGACACCCAGACCGGCCUCAGCACGCGAUUGGCAAUCUCGUCUACAUCUUUUGGGCCUUUCUUGGCGUCUUUACCUCGAUAUUGCUCAUCUUGGCUGUGAAUCACCAUGUGGGUGAAUUCCGCGCCCACAAUGCGCCCAUGAUAGUAGCCAGUUUUGGAGCCGCCGCAGUGCUGGAGUUCUACUCCAUCGAGGCCCCCCUGGCCCAACCACGGAACGCCAUCCUCGGCCAGGUCAUCAGCGCCCUGGUCGGCACCAUCGUCGCCACCAUCUUUGGCGGUCCGGAGCGGCUGCUGCAGAGCACGUCCGACGACCCGACCCUCGGCUUCCGUUCCCUCGUGUACCGCUGGGCGGGCGGGGCUCUGGCGUGCGCGGCCGCGACGGCCUGCAUGGCCCUGACCGGGACCGUCCACCCACCCGCGGGUGCCACGGCGCUGAUGGCGGUCGUGGACGACCGCAUCGUCGAGCUCGGCUGGUGGUACAUACCAAUAAUGCUGCUGGGGUGCGCCUUGAUGCUGGGUGUCGCGUUGCUGGUCAACAACGUCCAGCGCAGGUUCCCGGUCUACUGGUGGUCCCCCGAGGAGACGGGCUCCGCGUGGCGCAAGGACGUCAAGGAGCCCGAGGGCGAAUCGCAUGUGGAGAUGGACUCGGCCAAGAUCGAGAUUGACCCGACGCAGGACGUCGAGUCGAGCUCUACGGAUGCGGAGUGCGAGCAGUUCAUUCUCAUCGCCAGAGGGUUGGUAGAGGUGCCGAAUCACGUGCAUCUACUACCAGAGGAGAGGAAUCUGCUAGAGGCCAUCAGCCUCAGGAUAUAGGUGUUUGGGGACAUGUACAUAGCCAUCGUUCACCAUUAGAGCAUAGUCAGGUCGUGUCAACUACGCGGCUUGCAUAAGCGCUUACCGGUAGCGGAAUACUGAAUCAAUACUGGCAUCAUGUGUAGUCCUGUAGUUCCUAUCACUGUUGUACAGUUAUGCCGUAUCAUGUAACCCGAAGCCAUUGUUACAGUGGAGGCCCAAAAGGAU